AUGAGAGCCGAAAAGAAAUAUACAGAACAAUACAAUUCACCACCAGCACUUGAUAACAACAACUAUACCAACAACAAGAUAGAAAAUGAAGAAAGUGCUUCUAAUGAUAAAUCUAGUUUUAAUGUUGUUGAAGGUACUCAAGGAACUUUUAAGAAGGAUUAUAAAAAAAUGGCGGAUCCAAUUGUCACUUCAGAAGGUCUUAGUGAGUAUGAUGGUGAUGACAUUGAUAAAGAAAAUCCGAAUGCUUAUGAUAUAGAUCAAUUCACACAGCAUCAGCAAGAAUUCUUAGAACAACAGGAACAAAAUUUUAAAAAAGAACAACAAUUAUCCUCACAACAUCAGCAGCAACUUUUAGAACAACAGCUACAAUUUUUAGAACAACAGCAACAACUUUUGGAACAACAAAAACAACAAUCUUCACAACAAAAACAACAACUUUUGCAAAAACAUAAAGAUGAUUAUACUAAUAUUUUAAAAGAUCAGGAGAAAUUAAAAAGUGUAAACAAUAAGUUGAUGAAUGAAAACAAUGAAUUGGGAAGUAAAUCCAAUAAAAUAAUUGGUGACUUGGUUAAUAAAUACAAUGUCUUGGCUAUUAAAUAUGAUGAAUCGAUGAGUAAAAACAACGAAUUGAAAAGUGAAAACAAUGAAUUGAAAAGUGAAUACAAUAAAUUGAGAAAUGUAAGCAAAUAUCAAGACCAAACAAUUGGUAGAUUUAGUAAUGAAAACAAUAAAUUGAAAAGUGAAGUCAAUGAAUUGAAAAGUGAAGCCAAUAAAUUGAAAAGUGAAUACAAUAAAUCAAGAAAUUUAAACAAAUAUCAAGACCAAACAAUUGGUAGAUUUAACCAAACAAUUGGUAGAUUUAGUAAUGAAAACAAUAAAUUGAAAAGUGAAGUCAAUGAAUUGGAAAGUGAAGUCAAUAAAUUGAAAAGUAAAAACAAUGAAUUGGAAAGUAAAAACAAUCAAAACAAUCAAACAAUUGAUGAAUUGAGAGCUAAAAAUGAAAAAAAUGAUAAAACAAUCAGUGGAUUUAAUAAUGAAAUCAAUAUAUUGGAAAAUGAAAACACUAAUUUGGAAAAUGAUUUCAAUUAUUUGGAAAAUGAUUUUAAUGAUUUGGAAAGUGAUUUCAAGAAACUGGAAAGAAAAAGCAAAAAAAAAGAUAAAAGAAUCAUUAAAUUGGAAGAUAAUCUUAAGUUGGAAUAUAUUGAAACAAAUUUAAAUACAUUUUCAUUAAUGAGUUUAUUUCUUCCAACAUUAUGGAAUAUAACCAUAAUUGCUCCAAUUACAUUCUGA